AGCAAAAGAGUCACAUGCCGAAGAUAAAACCCGGCCUUAAGAACUUUUUACAUCCGUGCUUUCGUCACCUUGAACUUGCGUUGCGCGAGCGCGGUAAACUGUUGCUGCCCCUGGCGGGAAAAUGAAGCCCCCUCCGAAUCGGCGAAUUGAAGUGCGGUCCGGUCCGGUGCUAACAACACCACACCACCAAAGAGAUGUCAUCAAGUAACAAUGCAAAUUCAACUCAGACAGGGCCACUCUGUGUUGAAUGCCAUAAUCUUUCCCAAUUGGGAAUUUCUCACCAUACAAUUUGACAGAUAUUCUGCUGUCAAAAACCAAAACCCACCUACUCCACCGAUUGAUAUCGGAAGGCCUUUAUCAUAACAUCACCACUGACUGCUAUUAGUCAAUGGCACAGAAACGAAAAGAACUGCCGAGCCGUCACCUUUUCCUGUAGCAGUGAUCCAAAUAAAAGGCGAAAGAUACAAAAGAUGCCGUGAAAUCACCGAGCCUGCUAUAAGCCAAGCUCCUCAAGGACAAAAAAGAAUCACACACCUACAAGAUCUAUCCAGUAAUGAUUGAUCAUUGAUAUCGAAAAAAGAAUAAGAAUAAGAGAUAAAUCCCCUUCGCUUCCUUGCCGUAAUCCAAAUCCCGCCCCUCCCCCUCCAUAACAGCGCAGCGCGAUAAAUAACCCCACCUUCGUCGACAAGCGGGGUCAAAGGGGGAACACGGCCGACGUCAAUUAACCAUUCGGAAAUCAGGCAAACAAAAGGAGGCUCAUAGCUCCCAAAUUUCACUUUUCUUGUCUGGACCUUCUCUCUCUCACUUCAUCUUCAUAACCGGAGACAAAAAGUCGAGGAUAUCAAGAGACACACACAAGUCAACAUGUCCGAUACAGCUGGCAAGACCAUCACCUGCAAGGCGGCCAUCGCCUGGGGCCCCGGCCAGGAGCUCUCCUACGAGGACGUUGAAGUCGCACCGCCCAAAGCCCACGAGGUCAGAAUCAAGAUCGCCUACACCGGUGUCUGCCACACAGACGCCUACACCCUCUCAGGCAAAGACCCCGAGGGCGCCUUCCCCGUCAUCCUCGGCCACGAGGGCGCCGGCAUCGUCGAGUCCGUCGGCGAGGGCGUCACCAACGUCAAGCCGGGCGACCACGUCGUGGCCCUCUACACGCCCGAGUGCAAAGAGUGCAAGUUUUGCAAGUCGGGCAAGACCAACCUCUGCGGCAAAAUCCGUGCCACCCAAGGGAAAGGUGUCAUGCCUGAUGGGACCUCCCGGUUCAGGGCACGGGGGCAGGAUAUCCUUCACUUUAUGGGGACGUCGACUUUCUCGCAGUACACCGUCGUGGCUGACAUUUCUGUUGUCGCGGUGCAGCAGGAUGCGCCGAUGGAUAGGACGUGCCUGUUGGGGUGCGGGAUCACGACGGGUUACGGUGCGGCGAGGAUCACGGCGAAUGUGGAGGAGGGGAGCUCGGUUGCCAUCUUUGGGGCGGGGUGUGUGGGCUUGAGCGUGAUUCAGGGCGCGGUGGCGAACAAGGCGGGGAAGAUUAUUGUUGUGGAUGUGAACCCGAGCAAGGAGGAGUGGUCGAGGAAGUUUGGGGCGACGGAUUUUGUGAACCCGACCAAGCUGCCCGAGGGGCAGAGCGUGGUGGACAAGCUGAUUGAGAUUACGGAUGGGGGGUGCGACUACACGUUUGACUGCACGGGGAAUGUGAAUGUGAUGAGGGCGGCGUUGGAGGCGUGUCAUAAGGGGUGGGGGCAGAGUAUCAUUAUUGGGGUUGCGGCGGCGGGGCAGGAGAUUGCUACUAGACCGUUCCAGCUUGUCACUGGUCGUGUGUGGAGGGGUAGCGCCUUUGGCGGUGUCAAGGGCCGGUCCCAACUUCCUGGGCUGGUGCAGGAUUAUCUUGAUGGCAAGCUCAAGGUGGAUGAGUUUAUUACCCACCGCAAGAAGCUGGGCGAGAUCAAUGAGGCAUUUGAGGUUAUGAAGCAGGGUGAUUGCAUUCGUGCUGUUGUCACUAUGGACGAGUAAGAGAGAUGGUUCGCGUUGGCUUGUACUCGUACUUCGUGGGCAAAAUAAGAAAGAAAAAAAGAUGAUUAAACAAC